CACGAUGGCGCAAGAACAAGGACAAGACGAAGAGGAUAUCAAGACAAGGCGGCCCGGUAUUGUGUGAGAGAGAGAGAGUUGUGGGUCUCGAUAGGAAGAGGUGAUUCCGAUUGCAUUGCGUCGGUUGCCUCUCGCGCUCGUCCCAUUGACGCAGACAGGCAGAGAGAGGGCGGGGUCGAAACAGCCCCACUAUCAAACCGCGACUUAGCCCAACAACGCAGCAUCAAACCUUCUCACCGCAUCUGCCCUCUCGUCCCGCUUAGUCAAAAGUACCUGCAUCGACCGUGUGCUCUGCCUCGUCUUCUGUCAAUCUUCUCAUCACUCUAGCUCCCGCAGCACGCACAAUACCCCUCACCUAACAUGUCCUGGCAAGCAUACGUUGACACCAGCCUCGUCGGCACUGGCAACAUCGACAAGGCCCUCAUCUGCGAUGUCGAAGGCGCAACCAACUGGGCCGCCUCCCCAGACUUCACGCUUUCUGAUGAGGAAAGGGCAGCCAUUGCCAAAUCCUUCAAUGACAAGUCGGACCCCAAGAAGGUCAUCUCAGAGGGUAUCAAGGUCAACGGCGUCAAGUACAUGACCAUCGAGGCAAGCGACGAUGCACUCAAGGCAAAGAAGGGCAAAGAGGGCGUUGUCGCCUUCAAGACUGGCCAGGCCGUCAUCAUCGCUCACCACCCCGAAUCUAUCCAGACUACCAACGCUUUCUCCUCCGUCGCCGAGCUUGGAGACUACCUGAAGAAGCACGGAAUGUAGAGUGUCUCUGCUCCGGGACUGUUUGUAUGUUAGAGAUAUUUGCAUAGCCCCCACUCGACAUGUGGCGGACAAGAUGGUAGGGAGGAAUGGUGAAGGAUAUAGAUAUGAAUCAUGACGCACCACAUAGCGACAGAAGAGAUUUCUCUUCAAUGCAAUGACAUGCCUUUAAACUAAGCGCUUUGCUAAAUCACACGACAUUCAGCUACUACUCGCCCCACGGAGCCCAGUUCUGCCGAACUAGGCCCUACCCAGCUCAACGUCAAUUCUGCCCCCUACGCGAUUUUUAUCGUAAAUUAGCUGCGU